AUGUCAAACUUUGUAGCUCCAGAAGUAAAAAAAUUUGUGGCUUGGGACUAUGUUGUUUUUGCAGGGCUAUUUUUGGUAUCUGCUAGCAUUGGAGUCUUUUUUGCAGUUAAAGAGAGGAAAAAGAAAACUUCAAAGGAAUUUUUGGUGGGCGGUAGGCAGAUGACAUGUGGACCAAUAGCCUUCUCUCUCACAUCAAGUUUCAUGUCAGCAGUCACUGUUCUGGGGACACCCUCCGAAGUCUACAGAUAUGGGGCAUCCUUUGUGCUGUUCUUUCUUUCAUAUGCACUUGUCAUCAUUUUUACUGCUGAACUUUUUCUACCUGUAUUUUACAGAUCUGGUAUUACAAGCACUUAUGAGUAUUUGGAGUUAAGGUUUAACAAGAUUGUCCGUCUUGCUGCAACACUGAUUUACAUCCUGCAGACGAUCCUUUACACAGGAAUAGUGGUUUAUGCUCCAUCACUGGCACUCAACCAAGUUACUGGAUUUGAUCUCUGGGGCUCUGUAGCUGCAACAGGAAUUGUCUGCACUUUCUAUUGCACUCUGGGAGGAUUGAAAGCUGUUGUCUGGACAGAUGCAUUUCAAAUGAUUGUCAUGGUGGCUGGCUUCGUGGCAGUCUUGAUUCAAGGAACUAUGCUGAAUGGUGGAUUGACCAAGGUCUGGGAAAAUGCCCAAGAAGGAGCACGACUAAACAUAUUUGACUUUGAUGCUGAUCCUUUGAGACGACACACCUUCUGGACCAUCGUUAUUGGGGGAACAUUUACGUGGCUGGGGCUCUACGGAGUCAAUCAGUCCACAAUACAGAGAUGCAUUUCCUGCAAAUCAGAAAAACAUGCUAAACUGGCACUUUACCUGAAUUUGUUGGGACUUUGGACAGUCCUGGUAUGUGCAGUAUUUUGUGGUUUGGUGAUGUACUCUCAUUACAUGACCUGUGACCCUUGGACUGCUGAUUUCAUUUCAGCACCUGAUCAGCUCAUGCCAUAUUUUGUUAUGGACAUUUUUUCUUCGAUGCCAGGAGUCCCAGGACUGUUUGUGGCCUGUGCAUUCAGUGGAACACUAAGCACGGUAGCUGCCAGCAUCAAUGCUUUAGCAACUGUUACCUUUGAAGACUUAGUCAAGAAAGGUUUCCCAAACCUCUCUGAGAAGAUGAGCACAUGGAUCAGCAAAGGCUUGUGUAUAUUAUAUGGUGUCCUGUGCACUUCGAUGGCUGCGGCAGCGUCGCUGCUGGGGGGAGUUGUGCAGGCUUCCCUCUCCAUCCAUGGGAUGUGUGGAGGGCCCAUGCUGGGACUAUUUACCCUGGGAAUUGUGUUUCCCUGUGCUAACUGGAAGGGAGCUAUUGGAGGCCUCUUAGCUGGGAUCACCUUAGCUUUUUGGGCCGGUGUUGGCUCUUUCAUUUACCCUGCCCCACCCAUCAAGUCCAUUCCUCUGCACCUGUCGACUCUCAACUGCACACUGGCCAACAACACUGAGGUGCUGAUGACGGUGGCUCCCACAGUGGCCCCAGACAGGCCUUUGCUGGCAGAUACCUGGUACUCCCUGUCCUACCUGUACUUCAGUGCCAUCGGCUGCCUAGGCUGUGCCAUCACAGGGCUGGUGAUCAGCUUUAUAACAGGACGUACCAAAGGUGAAGAUAUCCCCCCGAUGUUAAUUAAGCCAGUCUGUGACCCUUUUUGCUUUUGGUCCAAAAGGCUCAAAACCCUCCUCUGGUGCGGCGUGCGACACGACAGCCCGGAGGUGGGCUUUGAAAAACAUCUGUCUAAUUCUGAAAAUGAAACUGGAACAGAUGACACCUUCAAGAACAAUAUCAACAUAGAAAACAGAUGCCAGUUCCCUGGUUACAACCCCGAGGAAAAUUCUUACACUAAUGUGAGCAAAGAAUCUCGCCUCUAGCAGCUGAGGGACAGAGGACAUCUAAUCAAACUUUAUUUCUCCAGUUUCAGAAAUGAAGAGCUCUUUUUACCACAUUUACCAGCUUGUAAAUGACCAGGAGGGAUAUAGAAAUAAAGGCCAGAUUUUUAUUUAUGGAUUUCAUGAGAGACCUGGGAAAUCAUCGGACAAGGGGGUUUUGGAAGCACUGCGGUUUCAGAAGAAACAUUUCAUGAAUCUUGUUGUGGAAGCCCCUGCUGGGAAGUAGCUGCAACAGUCUCUGUCACAUGCCCUGCCCAGUAACUAGUCAUUGAAGGGAAACGUGCAAAGGUGAACUUGAGAUAAAGCAAGACCUUGGAGAAGAUUCUGAGGUCUCUCACUAAGGUGAGACCAUGAGCUGCCCUCUGAUGGAGGGAGCCCCGGGGAGAAGGGAGGUCAGGCUGAGCUACCCUCUGCCUAAUAUUAUGUAUCACAAAAAGCCUCCUCACAGGAUUAUUGUAUAGACCAGACUGGUCUUUUAGUGA